AGUCACGUCGAUAUUUGCAAUGCCACAGAAGUUGUGGAAAAUCGAAAAUUGGGAACACAUCUAGGUGCCGCGACCUGGCGUUGGUUACCUAUGCUCGAUGAAAUGGUGGACACGGUAAUGUCUAGAGACUCUGAUAGUCGAAUCAUACCUCGUGAAGAGGAUGCCGUUCGUGAAUGGUUGGCCAGUGACCGGAUUUACCAUAUUAUGAGAGACCACCCGAAUCACUGUACUAGUUUUAUUCUAGCAGGUAUGUGGGGAGUCAAACUCAGCCAAGAUCGUCCACAAAUCGCGGGUUUGUUCCAGAAGAUUUUAAACAUGGAACAUGAGGAUUACUACGGUUACGAUCAAACAUUUUUGAAGGACUACAUUUGGCCUAUUGCGCAAACCAACAUGGUGUCUCAUGACAGUUACUGCUGUGGAAAUUUUCCGUUCAGUCGGCCAUACCCGACGCCAAGAACUAACGGCCAUUUCAUCGGCGAGCGAAAUAUCCCCUCUGAAGCCCUUAGGUUUCCAUGUCCGGUCAAAUGUCACCCAGUAAACGCUACAUCCGAGUGGAAUUAUUGCUGAUUUUGUUUACCUAUAUGUUGUAGAUCCGAAAAUGACGGGUUUUUUCAAGAAGUAUAGACGGCAUUUAGUAAUUAUUUAAUAUAAGAUUUCUGGCUUGCUGUAAAGUAUUUUGCCUUAAAAUUUUCAUUGUCACUCAGACAAGUGUAUAAUUUUCCUUCCCAUUUCAGUGACGUUGUCACAGUUCCUGUUAUUCUGUGUUAUUCCUAAUAUACGUCGUUUUGUUAUGUAUUUAUC